AAUGUGUGGCUGUGGCAAGCGUAUAGGUAGAUGGUAGGGAUUGGGAAAAAUGGCUUCUUUCAGUGUUUACAAUUAAUUCAAAGUAAAUUUGUUAAAAUUCUCAAAUUUUUGGCGAAGUAGUGAUCGUUUUUCAGUUAUCUUGUUUGUUAACCAGAAAUGUAAUGAACCAUGAAUAAUUUUUGAUACGAUUAAGUGUUAGGAUACAUAUAUUUGUGUUGCUGCCCAGUUUUAAUAUUCAUCACAAUGAGGCACUUAGACCAAACCAACGAUGUGCCAAUAGAUCAAGAAGACUUAAAAAAAAUAAUCGAAAUUAAAGAGGAAUUAUCAGACUUCAACUUGGAGGACUGUGAUCGUUUAAUGAAGAACAACUUCCACAGUGACGACGAAAGUUUCAAUGACAUUGAAUUACCUCUUAGCCCUUCCAGUCCUUCAAGCGUCUAUGAAAUCUCUUUGAAAAGUGUAAUACCAAGAAAGCACAGACGUAAAGCAUUACAACCACAAAAAGCAGUUCAUUCAGAAGUCAGUCAGGGAAGUUCAGUCGGAACUAGUUCCGAGUGUUCACAGGAUGCCUCUGACCGUAGUUUCCUGAACUUGCUCAGUGCAGAAAAUAUAUUCAAUAUAAAAACUGAUUUACUAAUGUCCGACAACGAAAACGAAAUUGAAUUGCCAGAAAGUGAAGACUUAUUGCGCGAUAUAGAUGAGGAAAAUAUUUUCAAGGGCUUACAGGAGGAAACAAAUGGUGAAAAGUUAGACGAGGAGAUAAUUGAUAAUGUGAAAGAGGAAUGGAGAUCUCAUUGGGGAGUGAAGUGUAAUAUGUGCGAGCAAGUGUUCCCUUUUAAAAUGGAAUUUGAUAGGCAUUAUCGUGAUAACUAUGGCAUUACUCCGGUGUACACUUGUUCCUUUUGUAACAAAUCUGCAGAGAAGUAUUCUACUUUUAGGUCGCACUGUUACAGGCAUAUAACUGAAGGACGAUAUAAAUGCCAAGAUUGUGACAAAGGUUUCAGUUUGCAAAGCAUGCUUCACGUGCACAUUUUAUCAAGACAUACGAAAGCAAAGCCAUUCGCUUGUGAUAUAUGUGGGAAAAGCUUUGUCACUAAACCUGGCCUCAGGAUACAUUCGAAGAAACACAAUGUAGAAGCUAAAGAAGAUUAUCCCUGCGUUGAAUGUGGAAAAGUAUUACAUACUAGAGGAGGAUUAACGUCCCAUAUGAACGUGCACAGGUUAGGUAGACGUUUCAUGUGUGAUGUUUGUGGGAAAACUUUCACACAGAAGGUGAAUAUGCAGCAACAUGUUAAGCAACACACGGGUGAUAAACCACAUCGCUGUGAUAAGUGUGGCAAAACAUUUGCGGAAAAGUCACAUUUAGCUCGUCACUACAGUUUUCAUAGCAAUGUAAGGCCAUUUAAGUGUGACGUAUGCCAAAAGAUGUAUAAGACUGAAAGGUGUUUGAAAGUUCAUAGCUUAGUCCAUGCGGCAGCUCGACCAUUUGUGUGUACCUACUGUAAUAAAGGUUUUCUUAGUAGCACUAAAUUAAAGCAACAUCACAACGUACACACCGGUGAACGCCCAUACGCUUGUAAAUAUUGUGACCGCACUUUUACUAAUUACCCCAAUUGGUUGAAACAUACCCGCAGAAGACAUAAAGUUGACCAUAAGACUGGAGAAUAUCUCCCAUCGAAUACUUCCAAAGAAAUACCGAUUCCCUAUACUUCACCACCUAGCGAACUGUCGCAGUCAUUAGAUGCAACUGAUCCUCUUAUGAUAGAUCUGGCCACCUUGAGCAAAACUGAUGAGCUUUUCUUACAGCAGGGAUUAAUCAACUUGCCAACUACAUUUGAAGAACGUUUUAUGUUACCACAUCAGUUGGACUUAUUAAAUGGCUCAAGCAAUUCUGGUUUACUGGGACCUUUCGUUCAUAUGCAACUACCUAAUUUCCAAACUGUUAUGCCACAGUCACCUCAAUCAUCCAACAGUCAGUUUAACGAUUUACUUCAGUCCUCUCUUAUUUAACGGUUCCUACGUUUAACGCCAGUUCUAACUUAUUGAUUUCAUUGUGGAAAUAAUGUGUGAAUAUGACAAUACUUAGUCGGUUUUCAAAUCUUGGUAUUGUCCUACUUGUCAGUAUGCCAUUCACCUAAUUUAAAUAUUUUGUUGAUUAGAUUACUUAGGUGGAACACGAUAGGGAUUGGGUUAGCCGUAAGGUACAUCAUUGAUCCCAACCUAAACAUUACCCAUUUAAUUUUCCCUGAUCUUUCCACCCAUUGUCAAACAUAUUUUUUUCACAAUAUUCACGGCAUAAAAUAAUUAGAGAUGUGUGAACUCCCUAUAUUUAGUUUAAGCACAGAGUGAAUCCAGUUGAUAAUCGAUGUCAUGCAAGAAAGACGGGAACAACUUACACUAGUGGAGUCUUAUGAAGUUAACUUACCAAAAUCACGAUCACCCACAUUUAUUUCACAACGCAGGGUAACCCAUAACAGAUUCGAAAAAAUGUAUGGAGGAGAAAUUGUCGAGGAAUAAAUUUCCUACAAAAAAGAAUAAUAACAAUUUAAAUGAGUGGGUUUAUUCCUGUAUCUAUAUCUACAAUGUCUUUGAACCUUUACAUUACGUAAAUACAGCUCUCUCUUUACACUACGUGCUAAGAUGGUCACGCAAUUUUAAUCCAUUAAAAAUCGAUGUUCAUAUAUGGCUAUGACUGAACAUUAAUUAUGUGCCAUAGGGGCUUUGAUUUCCUUAAUAUAAUUCUAGUCAGUACAGUUUUUAAACAAAAUUCCUUGUUCUGUGAAUACUCCAAACACUACUGUUGUCGAAUUCACAAUUUUCUAUCCAAUUUGUAAGGAUUAAACAUAGUGUUCCAAUUUUUAAUUCAGUGGCCCACACUGUUUCCAUAUUACCAAAAAGUAUUACAUGUCUUGACUGGAGUGUAUGGCAUACUAAUUCGUGAGACCUAAGAAAUUAGAAAUUCAUACUCUUCGCACCAUGAAUUAUGACAAUUUAGUGAUUAUUUUAACAUUCCAUAGAAGAUUACAAUUAUCCAUCACAUUAAUGGCCAGUGUCAGUAUUUUUUUGUACAUAUAUUUAUUAUGAUAUAAGUGUUAGCUUGAUAAGGAUUAUUUAUGUUGACUUCCAUUUUUUGUCGUAAUUUAAAAUAUUCUCUGUAAGGGUUUGUUUUUUCAUAUUUUGUAUAGUGGUAGUUUUGCUUGCUGCUUUAAGGUUACGUAACGUGAUAGCAAUGUGUAAUGUGUUUGAGCUACAUGGCUGUAUGUAUAUUUUCUUAAUUUAAAAAAAUAUUGAUAUACCAACCUAACAACGCAAAUCUUUGCUGUGGCUAUCGCAAAUAAUAUCAAGCAGUUCGAUUUAUUUGUUAGGCACACAAUUUAUUGAAUGAGCUUUGUGCUGGUUUUCUUAUGAUGGCAAAUUCUGUGCAAAAAAAGUAUUAAUUGAAAAUGAGAUUUUUAGUCAAAUUGUACAAUUAUAAAGUGUUACUUUUGAGAGUGAAGUAUUCAUGUUUAACUUAUUCGUACAAAACACAACGUAUAAUGUAUCUUCCAAAAUGUACAUACUUUAUAUUUUUAUACAAUUAAUUUGUUUCCUAUAGUAGCUAAACUUCUUAGUCAUAUUACCAAACCCACAAUUGGAGAUUGUGUAUCUUUUAUACCAAGUAUUUUGU